AUGAGUGGUACCGGUGAGACCAAAUGGCGCGGGCCUAGUCGCCAAUCGUCACAACGCCAGGGCAAUGGCCAACGUGAUCGAGGUGUUGGUGGCGGUACUCAAAGAGGUAUCAAUUCUCCUAUCCGAGGCUUGGAUGUGGCAGACAAUGCGGCAACGGCCAAGGUCAUUUUCAGGAAAAAUUCUGUGCCUAACCACUACAAACCUACCGCCAAACCUACCGGUAACGCCAAAUCUACCGUAAACGCCAAACCUACUGGUAACACCAAACCUACCGGUAACACCAAAUCUGCCGAGAAGGAGUCGAACAACCAGGGAGAUGCUGCAGGGAUCGCAAAUUCAAGCAAGAUGGCGAACGGCAAGGAUUUCUUCGACGAGCUUCGAAAGCAAGUCGCCGAGUUGCAAAAGAAUGGCCCUACUGUCGGUGGCUGA